GGUAGAAGUGAAAAGCUAUCCGUGCCUACACACACCCAGCCGGAUCUGAUGUGCUGACGUGUCGGCUCUCUGCAGGCUGCAGCCCCAGUGCUCAUGCUCCAGCAGCGGAGUCAAGCCAGUCAACAAAACUGCCAGCAUGGCAGCAAAACACUUCUACCGACAAGGCUUGCUAUUACUUUUAUUCAACUUUAUUUGCACCGCAGCUUUGGAGAAGAGGUUCUCCGACUUUAAGAGAUGCGCCGACGAGGAGUGCAGCAUGCUGUUAUGUCGGGGAAAAGCUGUGAAAGAUUUCGUGGGACCCGACUGUCGGUUCCUUUCGUUCCAGGCGUCUGAAACUAUCUACGUUUACUACAAAUUGGCAGGAAGACGGUCUGAUUUGUGGGCUGGAAGUGUUGGAAGUCACUUUGGCUAUUUCCCAAAGGACCUUCUUGCAUUAAAUCACCUGUAUACUGACAAAGAAAUUGAAGUUCCAGCUGAGGAAACAGACUUCGUCUGUUUUGACACUGGAUUUGACAAGUUUGACAAUUACAAUGUAGAUUUACUGUUAGGCUUGUCAGAGGAGGAGAACGAUGAUGAAAAUAAGGAAAUAUCUGAUCCAGUGGCAGAAGAAAUGCAGAAAGAAACACAGCCAUCAAAGGAAGAAGAAGUGAAUGAGAGUGAAAAACAAGCUGAGCACCAUGAUAACCCGGAGGAUGCUUAUCAAGACCAUGACGAUCAAAGUGCCUCUUUACCUGACGUUGACAUAUCAACCCACUCACCUCCAGUAAACGUGGUAGAGUCCCAUACAGCAGCUAAUCCUGAUGCUACUGAAGGGCCUGAUGUUACUGGAGCUAUGCCUGAUGCUAAUGAAGGAGCUGCUGCUCCUACAGCUAUGCCUGAUGUUAUUUCAUCUACACCUGAUGCUAAUGAAGGCCCUGAUGCUACAGAAGAAGCAGAAGAAGUAGAAGAAGUAGAGGAAACACAUGAACCAAUGCCGUUUGUUAAAAAGCUUCCAGAUGUGAGUGAAACCAAAGAAACGCCUGUAGAGCCUGAAGUGGAAUCUGUGCCCAAGGAUGAAAAUGUUUCAGAGUUCGACAAAGUCUCUGUUUCUGAAGGAGUGCAAAUCCCAGAGUUGAAAACUACCCUAGGUACUACUUAUGACGCUGUCACCACUGAUGAAGAAAUCACCAAGAAAGUUACCCCGUACGAAGAGGAGGAAAGCGAUGAAGUGGGAGAUCUUCCUGAAGAACACAUAGAUGAGAAAGAAGAAACACCGCUGCUGACUUUCUCUGAAGAACCUGUGACCACUCCGCCAUCUGAUUUCCUGAAAACGCUGGUUAGUCCACCAACAACCCAGGGCGAUGAACCAAAGGCAGCAGAGGAGCAGGAGGAGAAGAACAUGUGGACAUCAAUCGGUGAUGCUGUGUUUUCAGUGGUCACUGGGGGAGAGCGGACACAGGACGUGAGUUUAGAGGAAGAGGAUGAGGAUCAAGAAGACGAACAAGUUGCGACAAAACCCCCUCAGGGUUUUGAGGAAGCAAAAAAAGACCCGUUAUCGGUAGAACCUCCAAAAGACUCUGAGAACCUAAUGAGAGACACUCAGGAUCCUGCUAACUCCAGCUCUGUACAGUCAGAUAGUGACUCCGAGAAACUUUUGUUUGAGGAUGAGAGUGUUGAAGAAGUCACCAAACCCAAGGAAGAUUGGGAUGAAGCAUUAAAACCAAAUGGUGAACCAAUCAAUCAAACAGAAGAGACGACAGUAUCAGAAGAUCCAGUAUCACCAGAUAGUGUGGGAAACCCAGAGGAUGAAAAGUCAGAUAUUAUAAUAGCACAUGAACCCACUGUGGACAAAGAGGAGGAAAAGGUGACCGAGGACUCUGGAGUUAAUGGGGAUAAGAUAAAUGAAAAGAACACUAGUGUCGAAAUAGAGCAGGACAACUUGGACAAUUCACCGGACGAAAACCAAACGGUGACCGAUCAAGAAAAUGAUCAGAGCCUUUUCAUCGAAGAGACAAAUUCAAAUGAUUCAGAUGUCAAAGAUGACAAAGAUACAAUAGUUGACAGUAUUCCUAAUACCAGAAGCGAACAUUUGGUGACAGAUUUAGAAAGCAAUAACAGUCGAGCAGAAUCUUUUGCAGAGGAACCAGAGAAUCACGAGGAACCACAUUCAGAGGAAAUAGACAGUGGGAUAGAAGAUGACUUGGGUAGCGAGGGAGAAGAUGAGAAAUACGCACAAGCAGAGGAGAGGGAAGAUGACAUUAAUGCACAGAUGGAGGAUGGGAGUGAUGAUGAGAAGUAUGAGGAGAAGGAAGAAUUACUUGAAGAUGAAAACGCUCUUUCUUCCUCACAAUCAGACACUAACAACCCUUCACCUGAAAUGGCUCAGUCCACUGUGUCAACUCCAGAGCCGGAAUACAGUGAAAGCGUUCUGAGACUGACUCUUCUGAGAGAACAUUUCUCAGCGGAGAGCAUGGAGCGGGUUCAGAGGUUUCUGGGUCUACAGAACCUCUUCAGAGUGGAGGCCAUGUUCUCUGAUCUGGACACGGAGCUGCAGGCAACCCGUCUGUCGAGCACGGGCAGCACGCAGGACAUCGAAAACGCACUCGAGGCUAUCCUGGAAGCCUCUGAGAACACUAUCCUGGACGAGAUCGAGAAGAUGCUCGAUAGCCGGGAGACGAAACAAGACUACGACCACCACAAGGACGCGAGCAGUUUGGAUGAGGAAACUGAAAUACUGGACGACUUCCAGGAGCUGGCAUUCAGCCUGCGACAAAAGUAUUCGACAGUCAGUGACAGUACGCCUGUGGCACCAGAGAAACCAUCAGAUCAAGCAGUUGAACAUGAACUGAACGUUCAAGCAGACACACCCCACGUCGAGGAAGAAAAGCUUGACCAUGUCCCCGAGAGCGACGACAACCUCACGGUUGCGGAUGGUGGAGAAAAGCCGGACGACAUUGUGGAGGAGACAACGGUUUUGGAUGAGGUGCCCGCCGGACCGGACGUCAGCGUGGAAGAGGAUGGCGGACACUUCAACAAAAACAAAGACGAUCAGCCGAGCUUCAGUGCAUCUGACGAGAUGCCGAAGGUCCCUCAAGCCACCCUGGAAAAUCCCUUAGACAUGGGCCUUGGUGAAGUUGAGCACUUGCCUUCAGGAUCUAUGGACACUAUGGAGCAAGUGUCUGAAAUGCAUGAAGAAAAAGAGGAGGAAGAACAAGAAGAAGUAGAAGAAGAAGUGGGAUUAUUCUCAACGGGAAUCGUUUACACAGGCUGCAUCGUUUCAAUGAUCAAGAAUAAAACUGCAGAAUGGACCACUGUGAUGAUUUCAUUACUGCCAGAGGAGUGGAGGCCCGGGGAGACGUUGUUUGGCUGUCCUUGGCAGGCCGUUAUCUUCACGGCUUUGGUUGGAGUGGUGACGUUCACUCUCUUCUUCUGGAGGACUAUUUUAGCUGUGAAGAAGAGGGAAUACCUUGUGGAUUCAAAAAGACUCACAGAGCAAAUCCAGGCGCUCAAAAAAGAGAAGAACGAUGUCCUCGCCAAAAUGUCUGAACUCCAGAAGCAGACUGAACAACUGAAAGAAAAUCAAAAACAGUCGAAGGAGACAGUGAGUUGUACAGUGAAAAAGUUACAGAACCUGGAGAGUAAAGUGUUGGAGGCAGAAACACUUAAUGAGCAGAUUGCUCAAGAAAAGAAUAAAUAUGCAAAACUACUUGAAGAAGAGCAGGCAAACUCUCUUCAAAAUGAAACCAGGAUUGAAAAAUUAGAGAAGUCAAACGAGAAGCUGCAGCUGAGCAGGAAGAAGAUUCAGGACGCGCUCGCUAAGACAACUGUUCUCCUGGAUGAGGCUAAGAUUCGUGAAGAUGCACGAACCGUUCAGCACAAAUGUCUCGAGAAAGAGUUUGCAGCAUUAAAAGAAGAGAACAAAACACUAAAGGCUACUAUAAAAGACUGGGAGGGCAAACACAAGGAGCUCAACGAGAAGAUUAAAGUCUACCAGAAGGCCCAGAAAGAGCUGGAGGACUCUGUGGUGCUCAAAGAUCACAACGUGGAGGUGUUGUCUGAACUUCUGGCAGACCUGGACGCUUGCGAUUUGCAAAAAGGCGACGCCAGAGUUUUGGCCAAUGGUGAAGUGGCGCCUGAUAAGAAGACGGCCAUAAAGAACAGAAUCAAACAGAUGAUGGAUGUUUCCAGGGUCCAGACCACUCUCUCUGUAGUUGAAGAAGAGCGUGAUCGCUUUAUGACCAAACUACUGAAUGAAGAAAAGUCCAGAAAGGAACUGGAAGAGCAACACCGAGAGCUGGAACUUGCGAUCGCAACUCUAAAAAGUGACAAGAGCCACGUUGAAAACCAGUUCAAGAUCCUCCAGCAGAAAAACGAAAUCAUGGUUGAAAUGUACCAGCAGAAGGAAAACGCUCUGCAGCAGAAAUUAACAAAGGAGGAGCUGGAGCGACGCAGCAAAGAGAGUCUUCUGUCCGAGGUGGGAGGAAAAGCUCUCGAGGCCGAGGAGCAGGUGAAAGUCUUAAGGCAGCGCAUAAAUGAGAUGGAGGAGCAGAUGAAGAAGACGGAGGAAGUCUACAAGGAGCAGAUAAAAGAACAAGAAAACAAAACUCACUCAAACUGGGUGAACGCUCGUAAUGCAGAGCGAGCCCUGAAUCAAGAGAAGCUUGAAGCAUCAAAGCUCCGGGAAAAACUGGCUGUUCUUACCUCCCAACUCAACGAGCGCCGUGCCCCCCUGUUCAGACCCAACUCCGGGCAACCUGCAGGCCCUCGCCAAGGUGACUCGUACGGACCCUCUCCGGUGAGUGGGGGUGCACCUUCCCCACCGUUAAUGAUCGAGGGUCCCAGGCGCCCUCCUUCCGCCCCAGUCGGGCGAAGAAUUGAUCCGUAUGGUCCUCGGCCUCCGUCGGAUCCACACGGCCGUUACCCCGACAACAAACACAUCUCUGGGAUGGACAUGAUGGGCCCACGUAGUUCGUCUCCGGCCAACUUGGACGGAUCUACACAGGAUGUAGAUCCACAGAUUAAAGCCGAGGCUCAGGCUGAGGCCUCCACAGAGAAUCCAGAGCCAGGUCCUGGAUCCUUCCUAGCGUCACCGAUCAGGGACUCACCCGGACCCCACGACCCACUGCUCCCUCCCGGACCCCACGGCCGCCUGCCCCCACCCGGCCCUUACAGAGCGCCGCGACCCGGCCCUUACCACCACCUCCCGCCCGGCCCUCCUCCUCCAAACGUCCCUCCUCCUUUGCACGGGCCUCCGCUACCAGCCAACGGACACCCAGGUAUGCCCCUUCCCGGACCCAUGGUGGGAGAGUUUGGACCUCGACCUGCCAAUGGACUCGCGUUCCACCCCAGGCCUGGGCCCGGACAUGUCAUUGAUCCUCGGGGUCCACCGCCGCCACAUUUCCGUCCUCCUCCACCACAUCCCUACGGGCCGCUCCCUCCUCCGCACGGCGUCCGAGGGCCCAUGGGACCACGUCCACCCCUCCCUCCUGACAUGCGCUUCCCAGGACCGCGCAGUUACCCCGGCCCACCAAUGGACCUGCCCCCGGGUGUCCCACCCCACCCCUCGCACCCCGGUGAGGCCUACGGCCGGCCUGCGCCCCCCAGCGCCCUCCAGAACUCGACGGGACCUCACAGCGGCCCCGGGCAGGACCUGCAGGAGAAGCAGGAGGCCCCUCAGGACUCAGCGAGGCCAGAAAUGGUCAAGCCUUAAAAAAAAAAAAACGCCACCAGCUACGGUAGAGGACUUGAACACAUCUCCCGUUCCUAAAAACCUUCACAAUAACAACCAAGAUCCAGUCCACACCAAGGGCAUGAUUAUUUUCAUAUUUCUGUCAUAAGUAAUGCAAAGAUGUUUAUUAAAAACAUGGUCCUUAGAUUAAACAAUCAUUCAUAAUUAUGUGUCUGAAAUCGAUAUAAAUUCAGAGGGAUGCCACUUUUCUAAACAGCUUAUUGUGCAAUAACACUUUAUUAUACGCCAUUUCAUUUUGUGUUGAUCUUUAAAGAAAAAAAAAAUCUAUAUAUAGCAAUGAUUUUUAAGGGGCAAAGGUUUUUAAGUCAUUUCCUGUGGAAAUUAUUUUAAAAUGAGAAAGAAGAGGAGGGAGGUUUAGCUUCUAGCAUUUCAGGAAUACCACCAUAAUUUUCCCAAAGCUGUUGCUUUAGUACGAACUGUAAAGCAAAUGUGUAAUUUGAUGGCCAGAUAUAACUUAUUUUACAAUGUUGGUAGAACUUUUAAUAAUAAAGAAUGUAUAAAAAAAAAAAAACAAAA